AUGCAAAUAGUCAAAUUUCAAUAUCCAAAGUUAAAUAAUCGUGCUCUGUCAUCAGAAAAUUGCUUGUCACAUAUUUAUACCGAAUUGGAAGGUGUUCAAAAGGGAGCUUCGUCACAGACACAGGUAAUCACUCAAAGUUCUAUCUGUUCAAAUAGCGAUAUUAUCGGCUUGGCUUUUCAGGGCGAUAUAUCAGUAUCCGGAGUCUACUACCCUUAUGCUCCAUCUAAUGGGCAGAAUGUCCCUCAAGUAGCUUUCAGUGGUCCGUUAGAUCUGCAAAAUUUAGUCCAGGAAGGCCAAAUCUACGCGGCAUGGGAGAAAUAUAAUUCACAGAUGGUGCUUGUCUGGUAUUUUGGUCAGCUCCAUCUUUUCAGGAGAGAUGGUAUAAAUAAAUUGUGGUGGCCUGUGACAGAGAUAGGCUCAACAGAACAUAAUGGUGCUAUUAUCAUAAACUUUUUGCGACAUAAUUUAGGAUUAUUCAAACAGUUGGAUCUGAAAAUCGAAAGUUCUCGUCCACAACGAAGUCUAUUUGACUAUUUUUGGCGGCCAUCACCCAGCGUCCAGCCUAAUAAGGAUAUAAGCACGAAUAAAUUAAUGGCCGAAGUUAUUUCCACGGAAUUUAAGAUACCGCGAAAAGUCUCGCUUAGUUAUUUAAGUUCUGAUCGUGGGAAAUGUUUCGACUCAAAGAGUAUAAAGCUGGCUAGCUUUUAA